UCAUACCCAUAUGAUUGUACUUGGAGUCCACAGAAAUUAGGUUAAUUAUAAAUCCAUGCACUAGGAUAACACAAUGAUAUUACACAACAGUUACACAACCUAAACCAAAUUCUUUUCUUUUACAAUCCAUUUUUACAAUCCUGGUGUAUUGGCCAUAAAAAAAAUUGUAUACAUGCUAGAUCCAGACUUAAACUGUUGAGUUAACCAGACACUAUAGCUAGACAUUUUAUUGAAUUUACAAUUUUCACAAAUUGACAUGAUUCUAAACACAUUUCAGUUUUGAUUCUGUUUAAAAACGCAUGAUAUACUGAACUUAAAUUCAUUAAAAAUUUAGGUUAAAUUGAAUUUCUUUAAAAUACAUGUAAACGCAAAGCACAGUGAAAUGCGCAGUGUUUAAACUCACUGCUGUUGACUUGCAUUUAGCCCACAAAAUACCAUUAAAGGCAAAGCGCAAAGAGGUAAACCCACAAAAAGACAACAAGAAACAAACAGCAAGAAAUGUAUUACUUAAAGCCACAAAUGGAGUCACAUCAUCAAGUUCAUCAUACAGGGAAAUCUGUGCCUUUUUUAGUAUAAAUAUUAAGCUACAAACAUGGAGAAUAAAACAUCAUAUUUAUUCAUUUCUUAGUUAGUAGACUAGCAGUCUAACUCAGGCAUUAAUAUAAAAUACUCAAGAGGUUCAAAUAUUACACACAAUCAUAGUUUAAAAAAUGGUGAGACAUAUAGAGACUGAUGAAGAAAUCAAAUCUACAAUCAAGCUUAAAAGUGAACUGAAUUUAUUGCUAGUGUAGGAUGUUGUCAUGUGAAGAUGAAGAUGUAAAAAGAGCUGUUUGUUGUUGCAGAUUAUUUACUUUGCAUAUCAGUGAUCCUGGAGGUUCUAAGUGCAUCAGGGUAGAUCUACAUUACAUCCAUUAUGAUGUGAAGAUCAAUGAGAAAGGGCUGGUGCUGCUCUCCAGCAGUCUGCUGCUGCUGCUUCUGCUGCUUGGCCUUGCUGUGUUGCGCUGGAAGCUCAAUAUGGACAAACACUCAGCAAAUGGCCCUGCUGUUGCUCUCUGGGAUAUUUCAGCAGAGACACAAGACAACGGUCCAUGGUGCCUACAUUUCUCUCAGAGCACAGUGUGAGGAAGGAAGCAUUGCCAUGGGUUUUAUGGAGUUAUACCUAGAGAUUGACCCAGUGACUUUAAACCUUAUUAUUCUCAUUGCCAGCUACGUAAUACUGCUCCUGGUCUUUCUCAUCUCCUGUGUCCUCUACGACUGCCGAGGGAAAGACCCCUCUAAGGAGUAUGAUGCUGAGCCUCAAGCCCCCCAGCAGCAGACUUCUGUCCAGCUUGUGGCAAACUCUCCACCAUCUGCCCAGUUUAACGAGCAAAACAACACUGGUGUCAACAGCUAUGUGCCACCCAACCCUGAAACAGUGAGAAGAGGAGCACACUGGUAUAAACAGCCGGCAGGUCUCUCGGACAGGAAAAAAAUAUAAGUUACUUUAUUUUCUUUUGAAUUUCCAAACUAUGAAUAAUUUCCCUACAAACAAGCUAACAAGAGGUAAGACAUUUUAAUAUACAUCUUUAACCUGAAAAC